AUGUCUGUCACAAACUGGCGCACCAUAAACAUCGACGCCUACGAUCCUGAUUCAGCCGCCAACUUCGACCUUGGCACGCUCACGCCCGCGGUCGUGCCCGUCUCGACGGCGGACGUGCAGAGUUUGGCGGGUCAGAUACGGCAACUGCUCCGUGGGGGGGACAGUGAGGGCGCGCUGAGAGGAGCAUUGGAGAAUGCGCCGUAUGGUGCCGAUGAGAGGGGGAAGGAAGUCCAUACCGCCACAGUGAUCGAGAUUCUCCAAUCGAUACGGCAAGCAGAAAUAUCGCCCAUACUCGGCCGAAUGUACCAGUCAGAAGGCGGGACCGAGGUGCUGGAUGUCCUGAUGAAGUACCUGUACGUUGUGCUUGGAUGCUUCCCACACGGCUUUCCCUUUCAUCCAUCCUGA